CAGUGUUGCACAAGUAGAGCAGAAGCACGGCGAGAUGCGGCCAAGGUUGCUUUAAUCAACUCCCUUUACAAUGAAUUACCCACCCGGACAAUCACACACGAGUUCAUCAUGAAAAGUGUCCAAGAAGCUGUGGCCUCCACAAGUGGCAAUGUAGACGAUGCUGAUGACCCAAGUACAAGCAUUGGUGCCUAUCAUCAUAUGUUGGAGGCUAACAUUGGAAGGACUAUGCUGGAAUUCCAGGAACUCAUGAUAGUCUUUCAGCUCCUGCACUGGAACGGAAGUCUUAAAGCCCUGAGAGACACAAAGUGCUCCCGUCAGGAGGUUAUUGCCUACUACUCCCAGUAUUCCUUAGAUGAGCGAAUGAGGAGCCACAUGGCCUUAGACUGGAUCAUGAAGGAAGAAGAGAUUCCUGGGACUAUAUCUCAGGAGCUUCAGCUUGCGCUCAGAGAAUUGGAGGAGUCAAGAAAAGCAGGAAGAGAGUUGCGAUUCUAUAAAGAAAAGAAGGAAAUCUUGAGCUUAGCUCUCAGCCACAUCUACAGCGACUGCAUUACUUCACCUACACAUGUUGAUCAUCUGAACUUUACUCUAAAUGGUUAUCACUAGCAGAUCUCUGGCUUUUAAGUCUGAUAGCAGAACAGUAAAUGGAAACAUAGGCUAUAAAUUCUUGUUGGACCACCCAGGUUCAACAAGGAAACUUUUAUAGACAUUGUUACUAAGGUGUGUAUUUCAUAGAGAUUUACAACACAUCAUUUCUUUUUAUUGUGGUAAAACUACAAGUUUUUUUGGUAGAAGCUUUAAUAUGUGUAUUUUGUAUAUGAGCUCUUUAAUUGUACAAUAAGUUGCUAAUAUCUUAAGCAGUUAUGGCCAACCUGCGAGCAAGCACCGUGCAUGGUCCCAGAUCCUUUAAUACCACAUAAGACAUUCUCAAACAUGACACGUACUGUAUGUGUUUAAAGAGAAUCUGUUAUACAACAUGAUUUCCUAUGUGCAGACCUAACAGUAAAGAGCAAGAGGAGCUCAGUAAAUAUUUGUGGGAAAUGCUUCAGUAUAACUAGAAAUGUAUUCACUUAAUUUAAAUCAGUGCUAAUUCUGGGUUUAGGAGUCAAGUGGUUACAGGAAUGGCUGUCACCUUCUCCUCACUCACUGCUCUAGAUACCUCUUUUCUUGCACACUCAGUCUGUCCCUUGCCCAAACUCCCCUUCCUCACCUGAAGUAGACCCCUCUUUAACAAAGCCACAUAUACUCAUUACAGCUGCCACCAACCCCAGGACUCCUAAGUGUACCACCCACUGGAGUACUAAGAUGGCUGCCUUUUUUUUCUCCUGGACCCACAAUGAGCAUUAAGUUAAAUGAAUAAAUUACAAGUUAUACUGAAUCUUUUCCCACAAACUUAUAUACUGCCUGCAGAAAGGACAUCAUGUUCAAUAUGACAGGUUCCCUUUAAAAGGCCAUCUUUUGCUGCUAAUUGUAAUAAAGCAUGCACCCGCAAGAGUUAAGAGUAUUCCUAUCCACAGGAUAUGCCAUGCAUAUCUGAUAGAUGUGAGUCACACCCGUGGAACCUACACCUAUCCCCAUUGACUCCCCAUACCACUUGGUGGCGCGGCCACUAUGAGUGAAGAGGUGACCACACUUGUGCAGAUCUCCAUUUGCUUCUGUUGUAGUUCUGAAAACAUCCUGAGUCCAAUAUCUGUGGAUGUGCCAUAAAUGUCUAAGAUCCGAAUACCACUUUAAUGGUAUUGUUCCACCUUAACAAAUAACCUAUCCACAAGAUGCAUCAGACUGGUUUAAUCACUGAGGGUUCCAACGCUGGGACCCCACCAAUCAUUAGGAUCAGGGGACCUCCCCCAACCCACAUUUAGAUGGAGCAAUGGUGAUGCAUGUGUACUACUUCAUUUAAAGCUUAUAGAAUUGAUAAAGAUAGCUUAGGCUACUUUCACACUAGCGUUUUUGCUGGAUCCGGCAGGGUUCAGCAAAAACGCUUCCGUUAUGGAAAAUACAACCAUCUGCAUCCG